UCACAAAUAACCCUGUCAAUCUAUGUUUUAUGUAAUCACCGAAUAAAAUAAGUCGGAUUCCUGGGCUAGCCUAGGUUUAACGGGGUGGAGCGUUGCGUUUCGGCCGAGAGAGAAGAGGCGAGAUAUGGGUACAACAGAAUCUCGCCCAAGGAAAAACAUGUUUGCGAUUCAGCAAGACCGACCCAUCAACCCCGCGUUCGGGAGCCAGGGAGCAGGAAGCGGGUCUACCUCCAUGCGUCUCCUGGGCAACAGCCAGCAGCGGGGCAACAGGAAGUGCGAGAAGGAUGGCAACUUCAACUUCCUGGGGCCGGAGGACGAGGCGCUGAUGGGGGAUGAGAACCGGAACCAGCUGCGCUCGCGGGCCCCGGGUCUGCAAGGGAGGGAGCCGCUGAUGCCCUCCUCACACUUCGGGUCAGGGGCGCUGUCGCCCCUUUCCCGUCUGCCAUGCUGGAGCCCCCUCGAACCCCUGCCGGAGAUUGAAACCGGGGAGGAAAGCUGCGGGAGGGUGCCCCCUGAGGGCGCGGAGGGCAAGAUGGAGGAGGAGACAGGGAGGGAGAGGGAGGAGGACAAGGGAAAGGUGGUGGAGGGGGAAGAGGAGGAAGAGGAGGAGGAGGAAGAGGAGCAGGGGGAUGGGGAAGAGGAAGAGGAGAGGGAGGGGGGAGGCGAGUGGGGGGAGAGUGACUCGGAGUUAGAGUUCAGUUACAGGUCCAGUGGCAGUUCCUCCUCCCUGAGCACAGAGAGCGGGGAUGGGGUGGGGACAGGGGGGUUCAGCUGCAUCUGGGACCGUAUCUGUGUGGGAGGGUCCAGAGCAGAGGGCCAGUCACUGGAAGGAGAUGUGACCCCUGUUUCAAUGACGAAUGGCAGGGCUGGGGACGGCGAAGGAGAGGGGGAAAGGGAGGUGGGGAGGGGGACGGAAAGGGGCAGGAAAAGUCUGGGAGGGGCCAGCCUGGUGGAGGACGCCUCCUCAGACUCGGACACAGACCUCUGCUCCGACCUGCCUGAACUGCAGGAGGCCGUCUGGACCCUGCGAGACCGUGAGAGGUUCAAGGCCAGAGAGAUGGAGAAGCACCAGGUCCAGCUGACCAUGUACCGCCGCCUGGCGCUGAUCCGCUGGGUGCGCACCCUGCAGAGCCGGGUCCAGGAGCAGCAGAACCGCCUGCAGACCAGCUUCGACAUCAUCCUCACCCACAGGAAGGAGCUGCUGCGGCUGGGUGCUGCCACGGCCAGCCAAUCAUAGAGAAGGGGCGGGAAAGAGAGGAGCCUCAGUCAGCCAAUCAGAGAGAAGGAGAACAAAGGCAGUGAGGAAUGAUUCCUUUGGGGCACAGUGCUAAUGGUGAUCAUUCCAACCUCUCAGACUUUCUAACAGGAGACUCUCUUCAGAUUGCUACCAAACAUCCCAUACUCUUUGCCAGAAUUACUUGUGCAAAGUUUUAUUUUUGAGCUUCCUGUUGGGAUUCUCUUCUCUGUUUGAAUUGUUAAUCAUACAGCAAUCUUACCAAACCUCACAGUCCUCUGUAUAAUUAAAGAUGCAGUUUGAUUCAUGUUUGUUGAACUUUUCCUCCAGACCCAGCUUUGCCUCAACUCAGUAUGUACAGAAAAUAUAAUAUUACAUAAAAAUGAGAAAAUCUACACAAAA